AUGGAGCGAGCAACUUGGCUAUCAAGACGGAUUCUCGAUGACCUCGACACCAAGCACACCGACCUGAUUUGCCUCUUCCUCUGUUUCAUCACCGCGCUGUGCGAUAGUAGUGCCUACAGUGUGUGGUCGUGCUAUCUAGGCUUGCAGACAGGGAACACGAUCACGCUCGGCCUCGGGGCUUCGGGUCAGCCCAAGUCCAAACCAUUUGGCUGGCUCAAGUCGUUAGUUUCCAUAUCUUCCUUCAUGGCGGGCUCGUUCACCUUCGCCAACGGGAUGCGCCUUUUCGGUCCGCGCCGGCCCGUCACGCUCAGUCUCUCGUUCCUGGUUCAAGCCUCUCUCAUCAUCAUCGCCAGCGCUUUCGUCGAAGCAGACCUCAUUCCUCAUACCGCUGCGGCAACCUCGCUGGCGGGUGGUCCUCUCUUUCUCGAGCUCAUCCCGAUCGCGCUCUUGGCGUUCCAGUCGGCAGGCUGUCUGGCCGCGAGUCGCUUCCUGGGCUUCAGCGAGAUUCCGAUCGUCGUGCUGACGAGCGUGUACUUCGAUAUCGCCUCCGACCCGCAUCUGCUACGUUCGCCACUGAAAAAUGCCGAGAGAAACCGGCGCGUAUGCGGUGCGGUAUUAUAUGUGGUCGGUGCCGUCUGCGGCGGGUGGUUGAGUCUCAGCGCCGGCGGCAUGCAGGCGGCAUUGUGGAUAGCAGCCGCGUUGAAGUUCUGCGUAGCGGGUGUAUGGCUGUUCUGGAGGCAGAGGCGAGGUUGA